AUGCCUUCAGACGGUAACCAGAUUGAUGGUUGGAACUGCACAAAUUAUCCUGAUUUAAAAGCAAAUCCUGAUAUUGGAGGUAUUGGGACAAUAUCCUCGUUUGUUGUUUCGGCAUAUCUCACCCUAAUCUGCUGUAUCAGCAAAGCUAGGAUUGAUUACCUCCGUUCUCCAGACAAAACGACACCAACGCUAGAUAUAUGGUCAUUUGCUCUUGGAAGAUUGAUCCUAUCUUUCAGUGAUCAGCAAGUUAUCGUAGGAAUAGCAGUUCUUUUAGCUGGCCUUUCGCAAUUGUCAUCAGGUCUUAACAAUUAUCACUGGAUAACAGUAUUGAAUCUUGCCUGGUUUUCUGGAUUUGUACACAUAUUGACCCUCACGGCCAUGCGAGUAGAAAAUCGUUCUAAAAACAAAAUCCGAAACAUUCGUCUAUGUGCUAUGGGAAUCCUCGCCUUCAUACUACUAUGCAUGAUGUACACUGUUGGAUUGGCCACUGGCAGAGCAACUGUAACCUUCCCCGAGCAACCCGGGGUUAAAAGCGAGCUGAUAACAACUCCUCCGUCGAAUCUCCCAGCAUGGUGCUUGUUUCAACCGGGAACUACAUGGAAGAUUCAAGGCAGCCCAGUCUCUAAGCUGGUGUACAAUUGGCUUUACGUUGCGCUGGCUCUUCUCAUUCUUAUAUAUAGUUAUGUAACACGAGCAUUACUUUUAUACUUCGAUAGUCUAGGGCAAGUGGUAUUUCCAGUGGUCAAACUUCUACGCCUUGAUAAAUUAGCCGACUUUGGUAAACGUCACGGAUUUCCAGAGAUAAAAUCCAUCGAACGUAGAUUGGAAGGCAUGGGUAAGUCUUGGGUGAGCUAUAGAAUACUUCGAUCGCUCUAUACACUCUUCCUUGCAUUGAAACAGUCGUUUAGUUCAACUUUAUGGGAGCUCGGAUGGUUGUCAUUUGCUCUCGCUUGGGGCACAGUUCGUAUUUUUACUGUCCGUGAAAGCAGUGGUCUUCAACCGUCGAAUGAGGAGAAUAUUUGGGGAUUCGGCCAAGUUCUUGCCUUACUACUUUUAGUCCUACGGUUCUUGAACUUAUAUGAAGCAUUAAAUACUCAUCCAAAAGCGGAUUCGUUAAAGAAAAACUCUUCAACAGGAGCACAAAUUGACCUCGUUGUCUCCAGUAGUCAUGACAGCCUACCGAUGACAGCCGUCCUUCUAUCUCAGACCGACUCGACCAUUCCAAAUAUGUCACAGGAACCUCGGAAAUCGCAAGUACAGAUAAGCAUCAUCAACGAAGUUUGGUUCAAUAAAUUAAUCAUCACUGUGUACGGUAUGUGCAUCUCACUAGGAUCUAUUGCAAUCUGGGUGAUCCCUGCUUCAUCUCCCAUCAAUUUGAUGGCAGGACGAAACGGAAAUGGGAGCUUCUACAUGGGAGUAUUCGCAGAAUGGAUUCUUUUCGAUUGCGCUAUACUUUGGCUGGCUACCUUGAUAUUCAUUGAUCAUGAUAUCCAAACGUUCUGGGGUAGGUUCCUACUAGGCAGGAUGCUGGCUAAGAGAUCUUUUGUUUGGUGGAGCCUCAUCAUCCUUGCCGUGCUUGCAAUGUCAAGUUAUUUUAUUUUCCAGCGAUUGGAACCCGUCUAUCCUCAAUUAUCGUAG